AUGAAGAACCAUAAGUUCAGCUUUUCAGCUAUGAUCCCAAGUGAAUGGUUCCACAAGCUCAAGAACAUGACCAGAACCAGAAAAAAACAUCCUCUUCCUUCAUAUUCCUUAAACACUGCAACCAAGAAUAAAACUUCAUCAGAGGCUAAGUAUCUUCCUCACUCUUCAAGCUCUUACUUCUCAAAUAAACCACACACUUGCUUAGAACCUAAGGUCCUUCAAAUUUCACCAAGAAACUCUCUUCACGUGAUACAGAGCAAAAGAAAGACUGUUUACAAGCCAUCUCCUCCUUCCACUUCUUCUUCUGUAUCUGCAGGUUCUAACAAAAAGAAGAUCAAAUUUCUUAGAGACCAAGAUUCUUCCGCUGCCUCUUCCAACUUGAUACUCAGUUCUUCUGCAGAUGAUAUCAACAUCGACACGAAUAACAGAGAUUUCCAGAAGAGAAUGUUCAGAGAGAUCAAGGUGUUUGAUUCAACGGAGAAAGCCUGUCCUGCAAGUAAAAGAACCAAGGAAUCUUUUAAAACCCAUCACCUAUCUGUCAAGGUUAGAAAUAAAGAGAAAGAAGAAGAUGCAUGUAGAAUCCAGAAGAAACAUCAGAAAAUACUAGUUUCUAGUGGAAGAAGAUCAUCAUCAAACUCUCCAAGAAUAAAACUCAGAGUGAGUUCUCCUAGAAUUCAAGUCUCAGCGCGUAGAAGCAAAUCGAGAUCGCAGAGCAUACAAGUUCUUGACAGUGUUGCGGUAAUCAAGAGUUCUGCUGAUCCCAAUAAGGAUUUCAGAGAAUCAAUGGUCGAGAUGAUUGAAGAGAACAACAUCAGAGCUUCACAAGAUUUGGAGGAUCUUCUAGCAUGUUACCUUUCAUUGAAUCCCAAGGAGUAUCAUGAUCUUAUCAUCAAGGUGUUCGUUCAAGUCUGGCUUGAACUCAUAAACUCUAAAUUUGCAUCGAAGUAA